AUGAAGGAUGGCAGUGGUAUAAUUAAUAAAGUAAUAGAAAAUUUACCGUUUGAGUUAGAUUUACCUGGCUAUCAAUUUUGCGGUCACGGAACGAAACUUCAAAAACGGUUACUCAAAGGCGAUUGUGGGAUAAACAAAUUGGAUGAAGCGUGCAUGCUCCAUGAUAUUGCUUACACUAACAAAGAUUCGGGCGCUCGACAAAAAGCGGAUUUAGAACUUUUGACAAUGGCUAAGAGGAGGUCGAAAUCAGAAGAUGCUAGGAAAGGAGAAAAAAUUGCCUCAUGGAUAGUCAAAAAUGCAAUGAAAGCGAAAAUCUGGGCGGGGAGCGGUUUAAAAAAAAAAAAGGAAUCUGAAAGACACAACAGAAUGAUGGAAGCCGUUGCUCUAAGAAAAGGAUUAUACAUUAAACCUCAUAAAAAAGGAGCAGGUUUAUAUCUUAACCCCUCAAAAAACUAA